GUUGUCGCCUGGCCAUUACAUAUCCAGAGAUCUGCGAGAUGCAGGCUCGCGCCAUCUUCGAAGCAGCAGCAGAGGUCGGCCGCAGCGCCAAGAAGACACCGGUGGCCGAGGUCAUGGUACCUUUGGUGUCGACCCUGGAGGAGCUGGUUCAGCUGAAGAAGGUGAUCGAAGCAACGGCCCAGCAGGUUCAGAAGGAGCAGGGCGUGAAUUUCACAUAUCGCGUGGGCACUAUGGUGGAGCUGCCCCGAGCUGCACUGCAAGCAGGCCGCCUCGCAGAGCAAGCGGAGUUCUUCAGCUUUGGCACCAAUGAUCUGACCCAGACUACGUAUGGCCUAAGCCGGGAUGAUGCAGGAGCCUUCCUGCCUGAGUACAAGGCAAAGGGUAUCGUCGAGCAGGAUCCCUUUGUGAGCCUGGAUCAGGAGGGUGUUGGCGAGCUGAUCCAGAUCGCAGUGGAGCGUGGUCGCCGCAGCCGUUCGGGCAUGAAGAUGGGCAUCUGCGGAGAGCACGGAGGCGAUCCGGCUUCGAUCGAGUUCUGCGAGAAGACAGGGUUGGACUACGUCUCUUGCUCGCCCUUCCGCGUGCCCAUUGCCCGCCUGGCUGCAGCCCAAGCAGCAUUGAAAUCCCAGGGCGAGAAGGCUCCCAGG